AUGCCUUCAACCGCUUCACUAUAUUGUGAGGUGGCCACAGAAUUGCUGGACAUUAGAAGCCCCUACCUAAUGGCUACUUUGUUACGAGGUAUCCUCUGUACGAUCGCUAUUCCAUUGAUUGUCCAUCUAUUCUGGUCACGGGUAUUGCAGCUUUAUGCCGAGAUUCAUCUGCUUCUCGUCGCGAAGAUCAGCUUUAUUUUAUCGUAUGCAAUUUUUGGGGCAAUUUCACAUUUCCUGCAAGUCUCGCAGUACUUUUUGCACACCGACGACCCGUGCGCCCGGCUUUUUCACGUGUCGACGUGCAAUUGGCUGCGGGCAAUUCAGUACGCGAACACCUUCUCCCUAUCUACCUCAAUGUUCUGCCUGGUCAUCGACGGCGGGUUGGCCAUUCUGCGGCCCGUCUUCUACCAAACCUAUCAACACCUCAUCACCGCCGUGAUGCUGCUGGGGAUUGUAAGUUAUUUUAAUAACCAAAUUUACCAU